AGUAAUAUAAACUUGAUUAUGAUAUUUCACACCUCUGUAACUUUACAACAUUUUAGUACAUAUAUAAUCUAAAGGUUUCCUAGAAACAAAGGUUUCUCAGAACAAAACCCACGUAAUAUUACAGAUGUCUAAAACUAGUCACUUGCUUUUCACAUGCAAGUCAUACCAAAAUAGAUUACGUAAUCACUUGACCACCUUGCCACAUCUUUGACUAAGGCACUUUCCAACACUCCGGAUCCUUCUUGUAUGGGAACUAUGACGGUCGGAAUAAGAUCCCCAUGUUUGAUCUUCAUAUUGGUCCUAACAAAUGGACUUCUGUUAUAUUGGAUGCUGUAGGAAAUGCUUCAGUUUACGAGAUGAUCCAUGCCUUAACACAAGACCGUCUUCAGGUUUGUCUUGUUAAGACAGGAGAAACGACUCCGUUUAUUUCCUCCUUGGAACUUCGUCCGUUGGACAAUGAAACUUACGUCACGGAAAGUGGAUCGUUGAUUACGGUCUCAAGAUUUUUCUUUGCACCCACUCCACCGAUGAUCAGGUAUGAUGAGGACAUCCAUGACCGAGGAUGGAAUCCAUACUUAUUAGACGAACAAAUGGUGUCUAUAAGCACGGACAUUUUGGUCGAUACAGAAGAUAACUUCUACGAUGUGCCACAACUUGUGGUUAUGACUGCUGCUGUCCCUAGAAAUGCUAGUCAGCCUCUGACAUUAUAUUUGAGUCUCGACGAGACCACUGCAGAGGCAUAUAUAUACAUGCAUUUCGCUGAAAUCCAGAAACUUGGAGCUAAUGAGAACAGAGAAUUUAGCAUCACUUUUAAUGAUGACCAAGUAGGGUACGCCAAAUUUAGGCCACCAAAUUUCACCAUAACAACUUUAUUCACUCCAGAGGCUAUAAGUUCUCUUGAUGGGAACUUCAAAUUAACUUUCGCCAUGACCGGUAACUCAACUCAUCCUCCUCUUAUCAAUGCCGUCGAGAUUUAUAGAGUCUUAGAACUUACAGAGCCUGAGACAAACCAAGAUGAAGUUUCUGCUAUGGUCAACAUCAAGAGAAGUUAUGAGUUGGAGAAAAAAGUUAGCUGGCAAGGAGAUCCAUGUGCACCUAAGGCAUUUCGGUGGGAAGGUUUAAACUGCAAUUAUCCAAAAUAUGAGCCACAAGGGAUCAUAUCCUUGAACUUGACAGAGAAUAAGUUGACUGGUAGCAUAACACCUGAAUUUGCCAAGCUAACACAAUUGGUAGAGCUAGAUUUAUCAAAGAACGAUCUAUCAGGAGAUAUUCCAGCGUUUUUUGCUGAUAUGAAGUCGUUGAAACUCAUAAACUUAUGUGGAAAUCCAAAUCUCAAUAGCACAAUUCCGAACUCUCUUCAGAAACGGUUAACCAGUAAUUCGUUAACACUAAUUUUGAGUGAAAUUCCCUUAAAGGAGAGCAAAAAGGUUCCAGUGAUUGCUAUCGCAGCGCCAGUGGCUGGCAUGUUUGCUCUUGUUGUUGUCUUGGCUAUCUUUUUCGUCAUAAGAAAGAAAAAAUCUUACAGUACUGCGGCUCCAGGACCCCCAUCUGUCACUACCGGUACAGUUCAAAGUGAGACACGGUCAUCCAAUCCAACAAUCAUAACAAAAGACCUCAGGGUUACGUAUCCCGAGGUACUGAAGAUGACUAAUAACUUCCAGAGAGUUCUUGGCAAAGGAGGCUUUGGAACAGUGUAUCAUGGAAACUUUGAUGAUGCUCAAGUAGCUGUGAAAAUGCUCUCUCAUUCAUCAGCUCAAGGUUAUAAAGAAUUCAACGCAGAGGUUGAACUUCUUUCACGAGUUCAUCACAGACAUUUGGUGCGACUUGUUGGGUACUGUGAUGACGGAGAUAACUUGGCUUUGAUCUAUGAAUACAUGGCUAAUGGAGACCUGAAGGAGCACAUGUCAGGAAAACGCGGAGGCAACGUCCUAACCUGGGAAAACAGAAUGCAAAUAGCUGUAGAGGCAGCGCAAGGAUUAGAGUAUCUUCACAAUGGAUGUCAGCCUCCUAUGGUCCAUAGAGAUGUGAAAACUACUAAUAUUUUAUUGAAUGAGCGGUAUGGAGCAAAAUUAGCUGACUUUGGGCUCUCUAGAUCUUUCCCAAUCGAUGGUGAAUACCAUGUAUCGACUGCAGUUGCAGGCACACCUGGUUACCUGGACCCCGAGUACCACAGAACAAACUCGCUGAGUGAGAAGAGCGACAUAUACAGCUUUGGUAUAGUGCUGUUAGAGAUCAUCACAAACCAGCCUGUUAUAGAUAAAACCCGGGAGAGAACCCACAUCAAUGAAUGGGCUGUCUUAAUGCUCACUAAAGGAGACAUCAGGAACCUCAUCGACCCCAAACUGAUGGGGGACUAUGACACAACCGGUGCAUGGAAGAUUGUAGAGUUGGCUCUGGCUUGUGUGAACCCGUCUUCAAACCGGAGACCAACAAUGGCACAUGUUGUGAUAGAGCUUAACGAGUGUGUGGCCUUGGAAAAUGCAAGGAGACAAGGUAGCGAAGAGAUGUCCGCUAGAAGUUCUGUAAACUUCAGUCUCUCUUCUGCUUCUGAAUUUAUCCCUGGAGCCAGAUAAAUUUGAGAAUUUUCCCACUUGAUGUUUCAUUUGUAAAGUUUCCUUUGUAAUAAUAAAACCAUAUUUGGUAAAUCCAAUUGCUGUUUUGUUUCUGUGUUGAACUAA